AUGAAGACUCUCUUCAUAUCUCAAGACCUUUGGGAUUUCGUAGAGAGUGGGUACCAUGACAAGGACAAAGAUGAAGGUCGGCUGAAAGAAAACAAGAAAAAGGAUUCCAAGGCGUUAUUUUUCAUUCAACAAGCAGUUCAUGAGACUGUCUUCUCAAAAAUUGCAGCAGCAACUACGGCAAGGGAGGCUUGGACUAUAUUGCAGCAGUCCUUUCAAGGCUCCAAAAAGGUACUUACUGUGAAACUUCAAUCACUUCGCCGUGAUUUUGAGACUUUAAAUAUGAAAAGUGGGGAAUCAGUGCAAGAUUUCCUUUUUAGAGUAUCUGCUAUUAUCAACCAAAUGAAAACCUAUGGAGAGGAAAUUACUGAUGCAACUGUAGUUGCAAAAGUAUUGAGGAGUUUAACUCCAAAAUUUGAUCAUGUUGUUGCUGCCAUUGAAGAGUCAAAAGAUUUGUCUACUUUCUCUCUUGAUGAAUUGAUGGGAUCUUUACAAGCUCAUGAAGCAAGGAUCAAUAGGUCAACAGAAAAGAGUGAGGAAAAAGCAUUUCAAGUGAAGGGGGAGUCUAUUCAGAAGGAAAAGAUGGAAAAAACUCCAAGUCGUGGUCGUGGCAGAGGUGGUUUUCGUGGAAGAGGUAAUGGUAGGGGCCAAGGAAGAGGUCGAGGAAGAGAAGCUUCCAAUGAAGAAAGGCAGAAUAGGACCUUUCAAUGUCACUACUACAAGAAACCUGGUCACAAAAAAGCUUAUUGCUGGCAAAAGCAGAAGGAUGAGAAUAAUCAAGCUAGUUUUGCAGAGAAAGCAGAGGAAGAAAUGGUUGUUCCAAUCAUAUGUCUGGGACAAGGUCAUUAUUUAAGGAGCUUGAUGAAUCCAGAAAAUCAGAGGUGACACUAGGAGACAACAAGAAGAUUCAGGUUGAAGGCAAAGGUACCGUUAGCAUUUCAACCAGUCAAGGUAAUGCCAAGAUUUUACAAGAUGUGUUGCUUGUCCCUAGUUUAUCUCAUAAUUUACUUAGCAUUGGGCAAUUAAUGACUAGUGGAUAUUCAAUUUUGUUUGAUGAUGGGUGUUGUGAUAUUAGAGAUAAAAAAACUGGGCAAAUCAUUACUAAAGUUCCAAUGGCUAACAAUAAAAUGUUUCCAUUAGAAGUUUCAA